CUGGGCGGACUGGAAUAACCUAGCGUGGGCGACAGGAGAAGGAGCCCCUUCGGGAUCGCCAGUUCCUGAGCAUGAUGUCCUAUAUGAAGCAGCCUCAUUACGCAGUCAAUGGGUUAACCCUAGCGGGACCGGGCAUGGACCUGCUCCACUCCGCCGUGGGAUACCCAACCACCCCGCGGAAGCAGCGGCGCGAGCGGACGACUUUCACACGGGCCCAGUUGGACAUUCUGGAGGCGCUUUUCGCGAAGACCCGCUACCCCGACAUCUUCAUGCGGGAGGAGGUAGCGCUCAAGAUCAACCUGCCGGAGUCCCGGGUGCAGGUUUGGUUCAAGAACCGACGGGCCAAAUGCCGCCAGCAGCAGCAACAGAGCAGCGGCCAGGCCAAGGCGCGCCCGGCCAAGAAGAAGAGCUCGCCGGCCCGGGAGACCAGCUCGGAAACCAGCACCAACGGGCAAUACAGCCCCCCGCCCGCCGGCACCUCGGGCACCCCCAGCUCCACGGCCAGCGCCACCGUCUCCAUCUGGAGCCCGGCCUCCAUCUCCCCCAUCCCCGACCCCCUGGCCUCCUCGGCCACCCCCUGCAUGCAGCGCUCUGCCGCCUACCCGAUGACCUACACCCAGGCCGCCGGCUACCCCCAGAGCUACGCCGGCUCCUCCUCCUACUUCACCGGCCUGGACUGCGGCUCCUACCUCUCGCCCAUGCACCCGCAGCUCUCCGCCCCCGGUGCCGCCCUGAGCCCCAUCGCCGCCCCGGCCAUGGGAAGCCACCUCAGCCAGUCCCCGGCCUCCCUGUCCAGCCAGGGCUUUGGCACGGCCGGCCUGAGCUUCGGCUCGGUGGAUUGCUUAGACUACAAGGAUCAGACGGCCUCUUGGAAACUCAACUUCAACGCCACAGACUGCUUGGAUUACAAAGAUCAGAGCUCCUGGAAGUUCCAGGUCUUGUGAAGUGGCGGGAGGCAGCCAGGGAGACACCCCCUGUCCGUUGUUUCUUCCCCCUCCCCACCCCAAAGGCCCGUCCCUCCCCUCCCCGGUACCACCCUCCUUGAACCAGCUCGGCUCCGACCCGUGUCCGUUGCUGGACUGAGAUUGGAAUCGGUGUCGGGGAUCUGAGCGAGGGGGGAUCCCCCGUUUCCCGGCAUCACGGCGGGGACUUGCCCUUCCUUGGUGAGCAGCCGCAAACAUGCCCUGAUUGGUCAUUCGGUGGCUGAGACCCUCACCCCGCAUGGUCACAGGGGCCCCUCGCGCCGGGCAGCACCGCGGGGUUUUCUUCCCGCCCGAGCCCCGGACACGAAAUCUGUCAAGGAAUCUCAGCCGGGAUCCCCCCGGGGCGGGGCCUGGCUGGCGUGGCAGCCUCCCCCGUCUGUGUCACGCUCACCAAGUGGCACCCGGAUCUGCAGGGGUGGAGCUGGGAAGUGCCACGGCUGCUUUUGGG